AUGUCGAAUCAAAAGUUUUUCUUACUAUAUAUUACUUCAAACACCACAUUAUUAAACUUAAAAAAAUUUACUCACAAACAUUAUUAUCAUUAUAAUUACAAUUUUCUAAAUUUAACAAAAUCAUCAUCAUUUUCAAUAAAAAAGCAGUCACGUAAUUUCACCACUAUUUAUAAUUCACAAACAAUUAGAACAAUUAAUCCUUUACCGCCAUCUUCAACACCGUCUUCACCUUCAACACAUUCUAAUAAAAAUGAAAACAAACCAUCAUUAAUGAUAUUGAUUGGUUGGUGGCAUUGUAAACCAAAACAUUUGAAACGUUAUAUUAGAUUAUAUACUGAAGAACUUAAGAUGGAUACAUUAUCACACAUUCCACCAUUUUAUCAUGUAUUUUUUCCUUGGACAAUCUCCAAAGACAUUAAACAUUUGGCAAAUGAGCUAAUUGUUUCUUGGAAAGAACAUGGGAAACCUGAUAAUGUUGGAUUUCAUGUUUUCAGCGAUAAUGGAACUUAUCACUACGCAAUGCUAUGUGAUGCAAUUAGACAAAUCGCAAACAAUAAAGAUUAUGAUGAUGGUGAUGAAUCGAAGAGAAUACCAUCUUCUGCACCUUUCUUUAAAAAAAUAAAACAUUUUUUAGCAUCAAAAUCAUCAACUAAAAUAGAAAAUGAACUUUCUAAUAACCAUAACAAUAAUUCUUCAUCUUUAAAUAUUACAAAUGACGAAGCAGAAAUAUUUAUUAAAUCAAUCAAGUUUUGUGUGAUUGAUUCAGCUCCUUCGCCUAUUUCUGAAAAAUAUGUUGCAUUAGGUAUAGCUGGUGGUUUCUUACACAAGAUCUCAUUAUUUAAACCAUCGGCUUCUCCUAUAUCAUCUUCUUCACAGCCAUCAUCUUCACAAGUUCAAAUUAUUAAACCACCUUCAUUUCUACUGCCAAUUCUUUCCGCUUUUUUCGCCUUACCGAUUGUAAAACAUUAUCAAAAUUUAGCACAUAAGGCAUUAGAAAAUAUUCCAGGUGGAAGUUUAGAUGGCAAUAAGAUGAAUUAUUUGUUUAUGUAUGGUCCUAGUGAUCAAAUUGUACCAGAAAGUGAUGUUAUCGAAUUUAUGGAUAGAUUGAAAAAAGACCGAAAAGAAGAGAGGGGAGGAUUGAUUAAAGUGACGGGUAAAAGAUUUGGUCCUGAUAGUGAACAUGUUCAACAUUUCUUAAGAUAUCCUCAAGAAUAUAUUAAUGCUUUAAAAGUUUUUUACGGGUUAAGUUAA